UGAAAGAGCGAACUAAAAUGGCUUCUGGUUGUUGUGGGGCAAAAAAGCAAAAACUAAAUAAUUCGUCAAGUGUUCCUUGCAAUACAAUGAAUGGUACUGAAAAUACUAACAACAUUCAUCAUAGUGAAAUGGUGGCUCAUCCUGAUAUGGGUUUUUUCUGUUUCGACGUUUUGUACUGCCAUUUACAUAGUUUAGAACCACCGAAAACUCCUGAUUUCUGCAACGAUCCAUAUCCUUUGUUUGUGACAUGGUCAAUGGGCAGAGAUCGGAGAUUGCGGGGUUGUAUUGGCACAUUCAAUGCAAUAAAUUUACACAACGGUCUUCGAGAAUAUGCUAUUACUAGUGCAGUGAAGGACACGCGCUUCAGUCCAAUCACACGUGACGAGCUGAGCAAGCUGCACGUGUCGGUGUCCAUUCUGCGCCACUUUGAGGAUGGCACGAACUACACGGACUGGCAGGUGGGCGUGCAUGGCAUUCGCAUCGAGUUCCACAACGAGAAGGGCAACAAGCGCACUGCCACCUACCUGCCUGAGGUUGCUCCCGAACAAGGCUGGAACCAAAUCCAAACUAUAGACUCGCUGCUCCGUAAAGGUGGCUUCAAGGGUCAUGUGACACCUGACAUCCGACGCAGCAUCAAGCUGACCCGCUACCAGAGUGAAAAGGUGACAGUCGACUACCAGGAGUACCUCAACAACUGGCGCAACCGCACCUCCUGCUAGCAGCAACUGUGGGGCGUGGUCAGUCCUGGCCCCGCCCCUUCGUGGGGAAUGGUCAGUCCUGGCCCCGCCCCUCCGUGGGGAGUGGUCAGUUCUGGCCCCGUCCCCUCAGCGGUCACGCCUCCAAUCCUCGCUCCACCACUGCCGCCGCCCUUCUUCCCGCCCCCCUGGUGGCAGCCGCCGCCCCACAACAACCAACAACCUCACCCCCACCACCACCCUCACCACCAGUCGCCCUACACGAGUGGUGGAUCUGCAGCAUCUGGUGGUAGUGGAGGCUGUAGCAACCACAUCCAGCACAAGAGACGCAAGUGACAUGACCAACUAUUGUCAACUAACAAAGCAAACAAUUGGCUCACCAGUUGCUGUUUGAUCACUUGUUAUUGGUGGUCCAAAGCAAUCAAAUGCCUGACUGACUGUUGCAUCAAAUUGUCGACCUAUUGCUGGCAUCUGAGCAACACAUUUAGCAACUCGAAGAUGAAAUAUGUGUGUUGUAACGUGUUGAACAUCAUGAGACGCAAUUCAUUGUUGACGAAUCGCUGUGUCUUGUAUUGUGUAGCUUCUGGUCUGGUCGUUCAGCUAAUUGUCUGUAUAGUCGUCUUUGGAAGCUCUUGAUUCGAUGUUGAAUGUUGUGUUUUUCCCAUCCAUCUCUAAUGGCCGAUUGUUGUAUUGAAAAUUCGUCCAAGAAUGCUGGGACUUGAAUUUUGUUUUUUAUUGAUGAAAGUAGUUUUUCAUUUGGUGCACUCCGAGUUUGAGUUUUUGUUAUUUUAUUGAUUGAAGGUUUAGGGAAAUAAAUAUUGUAGUAGUGACAUAAUUUCGAUUUUUAAUGAGAAGUAGGCAGGAAAGUUUGGAUCAAGGAAGUAUAUUAUCUCUAUCAAUCUUUGUUCGGGACGACAGAGCCAAAUUAUUUUGAAUUCUCAUUGAUCUCAAUAAUUGACUUUUGAUAGAUUUGAAUUUGCUAGAACUUAUUAUUUACACAAAUUAUUGGUAAUCUUUUUAUAAUGGAUCUAACGAGUUGUGUUCUGUGGAAAGCUGGAAUCUAUAAGCUACAUACUUAUUGUCAAGGGUAACCGUCCACUGGAACCGUAUUCAACCGAUCCGUUCGGCCGUUGGAUCGGACGAAUCUGCCGGCCGUUAAUUCGGCCGAAUAUGGUCGUCCAUUGGAACAGUUUACGUCAGCCUAGUUCAGUAGUUGGCUGAACUAUUGAAUAUUGAAUUAACUACUAUCAUAGCCACCAACAUUUUUCAUAAACAAUGAUUAUAGGUAUUGAGUUUUAAAAAAAUUGAAUAAACAAAUAUCCACUAAAUUAGUUAUUCAUUACAAAAAUCUUACCUUCAGAUCCUAUUUAUUCAGUAAUCAUUGUCCAUAGAUUCCUUUGAACAUCACGAAGAUGAUAUAUUUUGUCUCGCAUAUCCCACAAUGAAACAUGCUCUUGAACCAAAGUUAUCAACUUUUCAUUGUCCAUAGUUACAACUUUAUGAAACAGAACAACUUCAAAAAACAAAAACAAACAAGACUGUGAAACAAUUUUAGGUUAGGAACACUUUGUUGUCUCAGCUCGACUAGCUAGUUUGGCCGGAUAGAGCCGGGAAAUCCCAUUCAAUUUGGAUCGAAAACUUGAUCGGCCGAAGACGGUCGUGCACGGCCGUCUGAACCUGUUGUAAUGGACGAGCAUCUAUUCCUUUCUUUGUUGGGGAAUCGUUCGGUAGUUUUCGGCCGAUGCUAGUUCGGACGAAAAUUGUUGUAGUGGACGGCCCACCUAAAGAGAUUUGCCAUGAAACAAUAUGUCUCAUGUUUCUAUUAUUCAACUUGACAUUUACAUUUUUUCGAUUUGUAGGGGUUGGGACAGGGAAGUACAUAUAUAUUUUCUUGUUCUAUAUAGUACUUCUCUAUAACAGCUGUGUCGUUCUUAAGUUGGUUAUAAAACAAAUAAAUAACUCUUUAUUCAAUGACAAGUACAUUACAGAAUAACAAUAAUCAAAUAUUUAAUUCAACAAAAAUGCGUAGUGUACAGUCAAUGAAUACAAUACUGUUUGCUAAAGGAUGAACUUUGUCUGCCAACAGGAGCAUAUCUCAUAAUUGGCAAUAACGUAUUUGAAGAGGAAAACAGCCAACUUUGAAGAGAAUUGUCUCAAUUGGAGUAUUUGAAAACCUUUUAAGUAUCCUAGAAUAUCUUGGGCAGCUGGAGUCGAUGCUUAACUUUUCCAUCAUACGACAAAAAAUCUGUUAAGUUCGCGGUACUUCGCUGUACUGUACAGCUUGAACAUACUAUAUUGAAUGAUUAAUUGCUUCACUUUGAUACGGCUUUAUUUGAAAAUAGUUGAAUACAGUAGAAUCGGUCAGACUUGAAAGUAGAGAAAUGUGCAUCCUUUCUAAGGUAUUGUUUACUGCCUGAAUCGUGUAAUAGAUAGAAAUCUUUUUGUAAGAAUGUUCACACAGGUUCCUGAAGUUCAAAUUUGCAUCACUAUGUCUCCCAACGUUCAAUAAAGUAGUUUGUUUUAUUUCUGCUGACACAUGCUGCUCGAUGUUACAUCUUGUUAUUCAUUAGAGAUGGCCGACAGCGGAUUACUAGAAUCUCAUUGAUGCGUAUUCUCAUUUCAAAGUGACAGACUAGUGUCACAUGCUCAACUUGCUUUAUACUUUUGACUCAUUGUCACAAUGAAUGACAAUAUUGUAUAUUCAACCUACACGAAUUAGCAAGUUAUGCUAUUUUUGAUGUUGUAAUCUUGCUCUCCAAAGAUAUCAGUCCUAUUUAUUUUUGAAGUUAUUUUAUUCAUCUCUGUUACUAAUAUUUCUGUUUUAUAGAAUAGAAAUAUUCAUUUGUCAUAAGGGCCAAGCCCUAAACAAAGAGUUGUACACGAAUCUGUUUUAUAAUCGUUUGAUUUUUGGGUUGAUGAUAUUCCAACUAGGUAAAAUUUAUUUUUUACUCCAAAUGGAGGUUACUAGAAGUUAUUUAUUAUUGACAUUUUUUUACAUUUUUGUUACUAUAUCAUUUUUUCUAUUUUCCUGUGCUUUUAUGAUCAGUGAAUAACAAAUCUAAAACCUUUGUAUAAUAUUUUGCGCUAUUUAUUUUAUCAAUGGAUGUUACACACAACUCUAUUCUUCAAUAAACGUUUUCAACUCUUCCAGUUUUGCUUUAAUAUUCAAUUGGGGAUAACAAUAGAAUUGGCUGUAGAAUUCCCUGGAUUUGCAGGAUAAAUUGGUAACUAGUGCUUGUUUAUGAAUUGAUGAAAAAAUAUAAACAUUCUCGGUAGCCUGAAAAAGUGUUUAGAAACUGCUCACUCCAUUUUUUAGAAGUGUGGUUGGUGUUGUAUCAUCGAAGCAAAUCCGAUCCGUCAUGAAGUUUUUUAUUAACGCUGCGUGUAUGUUGUGAUUAAUCGAUGUAAUUCACUAUAAACAUUUAAAACAAACGAUGUAUAUUAUAUUAAAUGUUGUUGGUAAUAUUAUGUCUUGAUCGGUAGAAUUUAGUUAUAAUCUAAUCUAGUUUAAUGAAUAACGAGUAUUUCACCGAAUAAAUAUAAAAUGCUAGAGUAAGUGAUGGAAUUUCAGUAGAGUUGGUUUCAUUGAAUGAAGAGCAUGGCUACAAAUACAUUUCAAUACAUUUCAAAAGUAUUUUGGUUCAAUACAUUUCAAAAGUAUUUUGGUAUCGUACUAGAUUAUCUUAUGGAUUUCUGUGUAAGAAGAACAUGCACUGAUCUAAAAAUUUGAAGUUUAAACACCAAUGUUGCGUAAUAAGAAUAACCAAUCCAAAUAUUGAUAAUUAUUCUCAUACUACUCAUGACUUGAAGAAUCAUUACGACUACAUUAAGUGUCUCAAGAGUUUUUCGAAUUACAACUAGUUGAAUGCUCAAAACCAUAACUACGUCAAUCUAUCAUCAAUCAUUCUCUCAAUAAUCUAUUGUAACUUGUCUCUAAUUCAUAUUCCUUUCUGCUAUUCUGACUAUUGUAACUUGUCUUUAAUUUAUAUUCCAUUCUUACAUUUUGGAAACAAAUAACUACUCUAUCUAGAUCUGUACCAAAUUGGAAAUUCACUCAAGUGAUAGGUUGAUUAAAAUGUAUCACCUUAUUACCUCAUGUAAAUUCACACUUUGGGUUUUGAACAUGACAAUCAACCAUAUUAAUUAUGCUAGUGCAGCAUAACUGAACAUAUUCUUCAAGCUCUUUUAAAAAUAACCUUGUAGGAGCCAGGUAGAGACCUAUAUCGGCCUAACCUUUAAACCCUGUCGCCUGUCAAGUUGAAACAAACAUUUUAAACCUCUUUAUCUCACUUUUUCAGUCUGAAAUGCUAUUUUAUUCUAAUAAUUCCUCAAAUUCCUUGAAAAAUAUGAAAACCAAAUUAUAUUUUGAUCUUCAAUAUUUCAGAACUUAUUAUGUUUAAAACAUCGUUUCUCAACUUGAAUCAUGAAAUACACGGUUGAUUUAGUAAUUUGCAAUGCUGUGUAAUGUUAGCAACUGAAAUUAGGUUCAAGAGACAAAAUGCUGCCUUAAGUUAGAAAGAGAUGAACUGGAUGCAACUGAACCGUUUGAAUGUAUGUUGAUAUCUCGGGUAAAAUAUAACAUAAUUGUCGCCUUGUCUACUAGUGUAAAUAAUUUUUGUGGAGAUAGAAAUAUCAAUGAAUUUCAUGGAUGUGCUUUAUUCAUGUCUCAAUAGAUCCUUUUCUAUUGCGGUAUUACAAGAUGUUAAUCAGUAAUUUGAUUUACGGGGAAAAAUCGAUGAAAAAUCCCCGUUUUACCACCUGUAUUUUUGUGGAAGGUGUUUGAAAAUAUUGUUAAAAUAGAAAACAUUAGAAAUUUCCAGUCGAUUGGAAUGUAAAGUGCUUACUGUAAAUUGUCAUAAUUUAACCUGGAUGAGUGAAUAGUUAAGUCCACCGAAUGCGGCAUCUCUAUCUGUAUGUAUAUGAAUGAGAUACUUUGUAUACUGAAGAGCCUGGCUGUAUUUUUCGGCUGAUAUUGAUAUAAUAUCGUAAUAACUGAUUGCUAUUCACUGCCAAUUACCAUGUAACUUUUUCUAUUCAAUAUAUUCAUUUAUAGGUACUAUUUUAGUUAUGUUUUUAUUAAUGAUGCAUGUAGUUUUAACUCAAUAUGUUUAUUAGAUGUCUAUUAGUGCAGAAAAAAUAGAUGAUAAGUUUUGUUCAUUCACAUUCUAUUAGUCUUUUUUAUUCAUAUGAGAUAUCUGCGUUAGUUUUAUUGAUAUUAAAAAGUUUAUAAU